GAACCGAGAGGCGGAUUUAAUGUGAGGCUAAAGCGGGAAAGGAGCGAACAAUGUCGGUGGUUUUUGACGGGAGUCCGCUGAAAGCGAUGCAGAGCUCUCAGAGUCACACCGCGCAGACUCAGACUGCACUCAGUGCCCAGGAACUUUCCCAGGAGAUCAAGUCCUUCAUCAGCGGCGUUGACCCUGUUCAGGGCCGGAAGCUCAGCAUCAGGGAACACGCCCGCUGUGCCGUGCGGCUGCUGCGCUCGGUCCCGGCCUGUCGGGGAGCAGUGCUGGAGCAUCUGAGGGGCGUGUACAAUGAGCAUGUGUCCACGUUUCUCCACAAUCUGGAGACGGAGGGGAACGCCAGCUCUGGAGCGACCUCUAACUUGGAGGACAUCAUACAGGAGGUUCAUGGCGUGCUGUCAGAGUUCAUUCGACUCAACCCUCGAGCCUGGGCCCCCCUGGUGUCCACCUGGGCUGUAGAUCUCCUGGGACAGCUGAGCAGCAAGCAUGCCGGGCGCCGGGUGGCCCCCCACUCCUCCAGCCUCAACGAGCUGCUGCAGCUCUGGAUGUCCUGCGCUGCCACUCGGUCCCUCAUGGAGGCCUACUCUCUGUGUCUGGCUGCCAUGCUGGCUUGGUGCCCCGACGCCUGCGUGGACGCGCUGCUGGACACCUCAGUUAAACACUCGCCACAUUUUGACUGGGUGGUAGCUCACAUUGGCUCUGCCUUUCCAGGAACCAUCAUCAGCAGAGUGUUGGCAUGUGGGCUGAAGGACUUCUGCUCUCAUGGUGCUAAGGACCAGGGACUGCUGGUGGAUAAAGGCAGCAGGGUGCCAAAGAUCGGCUCCGUGGUGGGAAUCCUUGGACAUCUUGCAGCACACCACUCUGAAAGCAUCAGGAAGGAGCUGCUAAGAAUGUUUCAGGAAAGCUUGACUCCAUCAACGCCUCUUUCACCCACUUCGUCCUCAACAUCCUGGGAAAGUUCCCCACAGCUGCGACGUGCUGCAGUUCCAUUUCUGCUCCAAUUAGCUGCAAUGUCCCCAAACCUCUUUGGUGCUGUGUCUGCAGAGCUAGUGGAGCUGCUACGUCCUCCUGUUCUGCUCCAGCUGCAGGCUCUGCUGCAGGGCCUCCCCAGAGAGGAACUGGAUAACAUGCUGGGGCUGGCCGUCCACCUCAUCAGCCAGAGUCCAUCAGGGGGGGCACAGGUCCUCAGAUUUCUGGCAGACACAGCAACUCCUGCUUCAGUCAUCAUCUCUGGCCCAACACCUUCACCUCAUGAAGGAGUUCGAGAAGGCUGCGACCGCCUCCUCCAGAUGCUGCUCCUUCAUCUCCACAAAUUAGUCUUCAACCGCUCUGAUGGAGCUGAGGCCAGCCUUCUCAAUUCAUCCUCCUCUCAGCCUCAGAGGGUCAUCCCCUUCCUGGAGGAGCUGCGCUCUCAUGUCGGUCAGCUGUGUGCCGAGACACUGCGACUGGAGAGGAAGCGUCACCUCUGGCUGCACCAACUGCUGUGCCUGCUCUCAGUGUACGGGGGUCCCAGCAUAGCUACAGAGACCCUCUGCCAGCUUUUAACCCAGGCCUGUAACCCAGAGGAGUUGGCUCUGGCAUGGCAGCUCCACACCACCCUCUCCUCCUGCAUGGUGGGCCUCGUUCCAGCUGCUGUGGCCCACUGUGUGGCUCAGAUUCACACACACACCCUGGGGCCCCGGCAGCUAAAGCAAUUGCUGCUGAACAUGUCUGCAGCCAUCCAGAGCCAAGAUGAGGAGAAAAGAGGAGCAGCAGGAGCUCAGUCGUCCAUGGCUGUACAGGUGGGCUCAGCAGUUUCAGGACACCUUCAUGAUUUUUGCCCGCUUCUUCUCCAUGGUGAUUCAGCUGUGUCUCACGCUGCAGUGCGCCUCUUGUCCUGUAGCCCACUCCCUCGAACAUCAUCCCCAGCUCACCUCCUCCUGCUCUCCAGAGCUGCAGUCACUCAUUUCUUUAUGGUCCUGCGGAGGAGAGGGCAAGCGGGGAAGGUGGGUAGAGAUGGGAGUCAGGCAGCCGAGUCCGUGAACUGUUCAGUUCUGCUUCUGUCUCGGUUUGCAGCCUACUCCCCUCUCACCCUGAAGGCGAUAAUUCAGCAGCUGGUGGAGGGAGCUCUGCACAGAGGGAACGCCGACCUGUUUGGGGGACAGAUUGCAGACAUGUCUGGGGCACCUAUUUCUUCUCCGUCUGUCUCCCCUGACCUGGGAGCCUCUUUGCUGGACAUUAAUUGUCGGUUUGGUACCACCGUGAAUUUUUCUGGCAGCAUUUGGUCUGUGUUUCAUGGAGGUGUGAUUGGAAAGGGCCUGAAGGUUCGCACUGACCUACAGCUGCUAGACCCAUCAGAUGUCACCCAGAACAUCCAGACUCUGAUGGCUGUCAUAGUCCAGUGUUGCAGCUCGUCGGGUCUCAACGCCUCACGAACACCGUCUGACCCCGAUGAUCCGCUGCCCAUCAACGCAGAGGCAGCCAAAGUCAUUGCAGUCACUCUGGUGGAAAAUGUCUGUCCGGAUGUGGCCAAUGGGGAGUUGUCCUGGCCCCCUGAGGAGCACGCCCGCACCACAGUGGAGCGGGACAUCCACAUUAGACGGUGCUUUGAAGCCCACCCGGUGCUCUUCUCUCUGCUGCAGAUCGUGGCAGCUGGACGUCCAGCUCUCUGCUACUGCUCAGCUGUGCUCAGAGGUCUCCUAGCCACUCUGCUGGCCCACUGGGAGGCAUCUCGUGAGGCGGCGUCCACAGACUCCCCAUGGCACCUGCAGGCCUCCUGCCUUCUGGUGUACUGUAUGGGGGAAGGCCAACUUCUGCCUCCUGUGCUGGCCAACGUGCACGAAGCUUUCCCUCUUCUGACUCCCUUUGAGGUGAGGCUGCUGCUCCUGGCUGUGUGGGAGUAUGUUAGGGGUAAUGGGCCACUUCCCCAGAAGUUUGUUUUCAGCCCAGAGAAGGGACUGUUCUACAGAGAUUUUUCACGCGAUGGUGAUGUGGCAAGAUACGUGGCACCGAUUCACAGCGUCCUUCAUAAAAACAUUGACAGACUGGGACACCUGUGCUGGAGAUUUCAGCUCUAAGAAUCAAACGGCGAGGAAACAGCAGAGCCUCUAAAAUGUCAUGUUACUUUAAAAAAGAUUACUGCAAAGUCUUGUAUGGUUUUAUAGAAGUCGAGGUAAGUUCAUAGGUGUAUGUUUAGCUUUUGUAUUGUAUUUUUAGACUUGAUACAGACAUGUCCACCUGAUGCAUCAAGGCUUAAGAAAUUG